AAAGAGGGAGGUGCUCCUUCUAUCUGAGUUCUGUACGUGUCAAUCAUGGUCAGGUCUCCUUGCUGCGAGAAGGCGCACACCAACAAGGGAGCGUGGACCAAAGAGGAGGACCAGUUGCUCGUUUCCUACAUCAAAUCCCAUGGCAAAGGCUGCUGGAGAUCUCUCCCUAAAGCCGCAGGUCUUCAGAGGUGCGGAAAGAGUUGCCGGCUCCGGUGGAUAAACUACCUCCGGCCUGACCUCAAGCGCGGCGACUUCACCGAGGAAGAGGACGAGCUCAUCAUCAAACUCCACGGCAUGCUCGGGAACAAAUGGUCUGUGAUAGCCAGUCGAUUUCCCGGGAGAACCGACAACGAGAUCAAGAAUUACUGGAACACCCACAUCAAGCGCAAGCUCGUUACUCGGGGGCUCCAUCCCCAGACUCACCUCCCAAUAAGCGGCGGCGGUUCCGAGAGCUCGUCGCUUUCGUCCGACCGGCGAAUGGCUUCAGUGCUGUUGUCUAAAGAGGAGUCCUCGGCGGAGGACAGGCAGAGCAGCGGCGGGGUCAUUAGCAUGGACAAACACCGGCAAACACGAAGCACUCUUGCCCUCGACCUCAACCUCGCCACUAACCUUCCCCACGCCUCUCCCAAGUCCUGCUCCACUUCGUCGGAGGACUUGCUUUCCGAAGCAGAGGCCGCUCCGGUGCCUGUUCAUGCCCGAACUAUUUGCUUCUGUUACCAUCUCGGUUUCCGCGCGAGCGAGUCCUGCAGCUGCCUCACGAGUUAUGACACAGUUUUGGCGGCUUCCAUCGGCCUCUCAGAUCAAAAGCAUCAAGCUACUUAAUCACUUCGUCUUUGUGCUACAAUUUGUCAGCUCUGUUUGCAUAGUAAAAUCGAGCAUUAUUCAUCGAAGUUUA